AUGAAGAUUGUGGCGAUUAUUUUUUUAGCUGCUCUAAGCUUUGUUAGCAGUGAAGAUAAUGGACGUUAUCGCCGGGAAUACUACGCGAAUUCCGGAAGAAACCGCUUCCCUGAAAAUGGAAGAUACAACAGUCCUUUCGGAAUAUACAAUAACAAUGUUAGAAACAAUGCGCGAUUUCCGUACAAACCGUAUCAGGAAUUGUCUACACCGUAUUCCACCAAUACUGAAAAAUACAGGAAUAAUGCAGUACAAGUGACCUCAUCUUAUCGACCGGUUACUGUAAAACCCACGACUACUGCUCCUGUUUACACCCUGACAACGAAAAGCAAUAUUGCAGUAACUGGUUCGCCUGUAUACCAGAGAAGUAAUACUCUUGAGGGAAAUGCUAGAAUUGUGAAUCAAGAUAGUGAUCUCGAUGUACAUAAUUAUCGUUACAGCUACUUAACAGAAAAUGGAAUAAGUGCAGGAGAAAGUGGAGUUGUAGAUUCAACAGAAAAUGGAGGUGGCACUAGAGUAAAAGGCUUUUAUGAAUAUUUCGGUGCUGAUGGUAUUAAAUACAGAGUAGAUUAUACCGCCGAUGAAAAUGGUUUUCACCCAACCGGAGCUCAUUUACCUUAA